AUGUCGGCAGACGUGAAGCCCUUCCGGUUUCUCGACCUUCCAAAGGAGGUUCGCCUUGUGGUCUACGAACACCUUUUCGCAGGCUAUGUGCUGCAGGUUGGAUUUUGUGAAGAUAUCUGCAAAAUAAUCGAUGAAGAUACUGGUCCACGUCAGGAUGCUCGUCGUUCCCACGAGUACCUCGAGGCUCGAGGAUGGGGAAGGUCUAAGAGCACUCCAGCUCUUCUUGGGAUUCUCGCGACGAACAAGCUCAUACACGCCGAAGCGAUGUCUGCUUUGCAGCAAUGGGUGUCUCUCGAUAUCGGUUCUUGCUGUUUCGAGGAAACUCUGGACCGCAUCCCAUCAGAUCUGAAGCAUGUCAAGAUUGUUCACAUAGAGGAUUGGUACCUUGAUCGAUUCGAUCAUGCGAGUUAUCCGGACCUACACACACUGAUGAUCACCGUAAUUAACCCAAUCUUGCGGCCGCCGUACAUCAGCAACGAGGAGGCAGUAAGGGACGUCAUCGAAUGGGCAAUGGACGACAGCCCGGACCUUUUCGCUAUAGCGAGUUCCAGACCAGAAAUCGAGAUACUCCUCUAUUGCCACUUCCUCGGACACCCAGGACAUGUAAGAUCUUGCUGUUUCCCCUUCUCGCGCAAGGCAAUCAUUGACAAGCAUCUUCAGAUCGCAAAGGCCGACUUCCGUACGCAGGCCAUUAUCAGCCGCCAUCCCGAACCGCCUCGGGCGAGCGAUCUAUGA